AGUCUUUCCAGAUCCGUCCGAGACCAGGGUUAGGUCGCUGAGGAUGCCGGGUCAUCUUGACCAAGACAUAUCUCAGUUGCUCGUGAGGAAUCUACGUACGAUACGUGUAGUCCACAGGAUAACCUCCUUUUGCGCAUCGCUUAUUAUGCUCUCAUCGAGGCCGAGCUUCAAAGUAUUCUCCACCAGAUGUGUUUCGACAAGACCAUUGGUUGUUAUGAUGAGAGGAAGGAUUCUUGUGCAGUCUCUUCUCGAAGAGCACAAUGUCGGGACGAUUGUGUGGAAUGGACCUGUCUGUUAUGAGUGGUUGGUCCCAGUACAGCUUCACCUCCUCAUUCUCCAGGAUCUCUUUUGGUAUGCUCUGGUGGGUAUGACCUGAUCCUGUAUGGCCGUUAGUCUGCCUUCUGUUUCCGGGAACAGGUAACCAGCCUUUAGGUAUGCAAGUGAUUUCUCUCUAUCAAUUUUCUUAUUUUUCAGGGCUGUUGGGUACCUUCCAUGGAGUGCUCGGCCAUGCCAUAUCUCUGAUAGCUCUUGGAUGUUGGGGGGCGCAAUUGGAUCAUUGCUAGAUGACAAGUUUAGUGCUGUUACAUUGUCAUCUUCUUCAGAUAGCGCUUUGAAGAAAGGUAUGUAUAGUCUAUUGACCGAGGCGUUUGGGUGAUGCAUUCCAUACCUAGUUAAGAGACCCCUUACUUGGGUGUCGAUGGCUCUCAGUUCAGUUGUUGACCAUU